AAAAGGAGAAUAUGGAUGAUAAGGAACCACUAUUAAAGAAACAUAACAAAUUACUUAAUGAUAAUGAUAGCGACAAUGAAAAUAAAAGUUCUUUUGAUUGGCGUCAAUAUUUUAAUCGACAAAAGACUAAUGCUAGGAAUAAAAAGUUAGAUGAUGAGAUCAAACAAACUACUAAAGAUAUUCCAAUUAGUGUUUUACAAUUGUUUCGAUUUGCUGACCGUAUUGAUAUUCUUCUUAUAAUUAUUGCUCUGUGUCUCGUAGUGGGGCAUGCAAUUUGUUUUCUCGCGACCAUAAUUCUUUUUGGACGAAUCACGGGAUUAUUUGCUACUACAUCAUUUGCUGUUGAUUGUAAUAACCAAUAUCGAAAUUUAACAUCUACAAUUAUCAAUAAUAGUGGAUGUCCUUUUGGUAUUGAUCUUAAUCCAUUAAAUUAUGAUCGAUUACAUAAACUAUGCUAUUAUGAUAGUAAAACUAUUCCAUCAACAUUAUCUCCAUUAACGCCCUUAUUUCGAGAAAAUGUUAUGCAUCUAGUUUAUUUGCUUUUUGGUUUUAGUGUUCUUAUAUUUCUAUGUACUUCUAUUGAACGUAUCUGUUGGACAACUGCUUCGAAACGGCAGACAUCUCGCAUGAGUGUUUUACUCUUUCGAUCACUUAUUCAACGUCUUAUCACGAAAGAAACAAAAGAACAAUUAAGUACAUAUUCAAAAGCUGGACAAAUCGCUCAAGAAGUAUUCAGUUCAUUAAGAACUGUUCUUUCGUUCAAUGGAAGUAAAUCGCAACAAAAGCAAUAUGACAAAGAAUUAAAGUUAACUGAAUGGUGUACUGUUCGCAAAGAUGCUGCAUUGGGUGCUUUAUUUGGUUGGUUUUUUUUUAUAUCCUUUAUAGUCUAUUCAGUUGGUUUCACUUUUGGUUCGAUUCUUAUGUCUUAUGGAAAUCAUCCUACACUGACCAUUACUGAGAUUCUUAUUGUUGUAAAUAUGUUUGCACAAGCUUUAAAUUAUCUUAAUUCAAUUGGUCCUUUCCUUCAAUCAAUUUCGGAAGCUCAAGGUGCAGCAGUAUCCGUCUUUCGACUUAUUGAUGAGGUACAUGAUAAAAAUCUGAAUGAAAGAGAAAUAUUGGAAGAGAAUAUAUCUGAUGAAAAAUCUAUUUCUAAUAUUAAUGGUGAUAUUGAAUUCGACAAUGUUAGUUUUUCUUAUCCAUCUAGAGAAAAUGCAACAGCUUUGAGUAAUCUUAAAUUGAUUGCUCGUGCUAAUCAAACAACUGCUCUUGUAGGUUCAAGUGGUUGUGGAAAAAGUACAUGUGUAUCACUUUUGCUUCGCUAUUAUGAACCUUCCUCAGGCAGAAUCAUGAUUGAUGGUCAAUCAAUUACAGAUCAUAAAAUCAAACAAUUUCGUCAAAAUAUUGGAGUUGUUAGUCAAGAACCUAUUCUAUUUGGAAUGAGUAUUUAUGAAAAUAUUCGUUUUGGUAAAUUGAAUGCAACACGUGCAGAGAUUGAACAUGCAGCAGAACAAGCUAAUGCACAUCAUUUCAUUAUGAAAUUACCAAAUAAAUAUGAAACACUUGUUGGUGAACGUGGUAUACAAUUGAGUGGUGGUGAAAAACAACGUAUUGCAUUAGCCCGUGCACUUGUCAAACAACCCAACAUUCUUUUGUUAGAUGAAGCAACAAGUGCACUUGAUAAUGUUAGUGAAAAGAUUGUUCAAGAAGCACUUGAUCGAGCAUGCAAAAAUCGUACAACUAUAGUUAUUGCUCAUCGUUUAACUACAAUUCAAAAUGCUGAUUAUAUUUAUGUAUUAGAUAAAGGAAAUGUAAUUGAAGAAGGUACACAUGAAACAUUAUUGGCAAAAGAAGGAGGUAAAUAUCAAACAAUGAUCAAAAUGCAACAAUCUGAAAAAACGAUUGGUACACAAGAUGGCUUAAUGAAUAUGGCAAAAGCAGUAGCUGAAGAUGAAGAACAACUAUUGGAACGUGUUCGUAAAUUGAGUGAGAUCGAAGCAAUUGAUGCAAAUCGGGAAUUUAAUGACUGUAAAUACACUGAUAUGCGUCGUCGAGUACUGAUUACAAGUGGUUUGUUUCUUCCUCUCGGAGCUGUCUUUAUGAUUCUUCGUUUUUUCCAAUAUACGGUUUUUGGAAUUGCAGGAGCGAAAUUGGUUAGUCGCCUUCGUUCAAAAGCUUUCGCAUGUUUACUUCGUCAAGAAGUAGCUUAUUUUGAUCGACCUGAAAACAGUUCCGGUGCUAUAUGUACUCAACUCUCUUCUAAUGCAGCUGCUAUUGAAGAUAUGGCUGGUGCAAGAUUAGGUUUUAUUUGCGAAACUUUAUCCUUGUGUUUUUUUGGCUUCGCAUUUGGCAUUUUUUACAACUUAGAUUUAACAAUAAUCAUAGCUAUUCCUUUCUUUAUCAUACUGAUAGCUACUAUUAUACAAAUACGUUCAAGUUCAUGGUUAAAAACACAAUCUGACCUCAUUUACUCUGAAGCCAGCACGCUUGCUGUUGAAGUUAUUACUAAUAUGCGCACAGUAAAACAGUUAUCAAUAGAAAAUGAAGUUUUACGACAAUAUUCGAAUAUGAUUGAUCAAGUGUUAGGAAUGUCUUGGAGACCUGAAGUACUGUUUGCAGCAGUAUAUGGAUUGAUCUGGACACUGAGUCCAUUAACUUUGGGACUUUUAUAUUGGCGUACUUUGAUUCUUCUUGAACACAAUGAAAUAGACAUUGGCGAUGUUGUUAUAGUUUCUGCUUUUGGAAUGUUCACAUUAGAAUCACUAAAAGUUGUUGGAAUGUUAGCACAACGUAUUGGUGUAUCAUUUGCUGCUGCUCACGCAUUUUUUGACCUAUUUGAUCGGACACCAACUAUUGAUAAUGGAUCGAAUAAAGGACAAGAAUUAACUAAUUUUCGUGGAGAAACAGAAUUUAAUCAAGUUAAAUUUGUUUAUCCAAGUCGUCCAACAGUUCUUGUUCUUAAUAAACUUCAAUUAUCUAUUAAAUCAGGUCAACGUAUAGCUCUUGUUGGUUCAUCUGGAUGUGGAAAAUCAACAAUAGUUCAAUUAUUAGAACGAUUUUAUGAUGUUUCACAUGGAGAAUUGCUUCUUGACGGUGUUGAUAUUCGAAAAUUAAAUAUUCAAUGGCUUCGUUCUCAUUUGGGCGUUGUUAGUCAAGAACCAAUUUUAUUUGACUUAACAAUUGCUGAAAAUAUAGCAUAUGGAUUAGAACAUAUAUCAAUGGAUGAGAUUGUUCUUGCUGCAACUAAAGCUAAUAUUCAUGAAUUUAUUCAACAAUUACCUCAAGGUUAUGAGACAAAAGUUGGAGUAAAAGGUGGUUUUUUAUCAGGUGGUGAAAAACAACGUAUUGCUAUUGCUCGAGUUCUUAUUCGUCAACCUAAAAUAUUAUUAUUAGAUGAAGCUACAAGUGCUAUGGACCCAUACAAUGAACAAAUAGUACAAGAAACUCUAGAUCAAGCUCAAACAGAAGAUCCUAGUCGAACAUCAAUUAUUAUUGCACAUCGUCUUUCAACAAUACGUUCAUGUGAUUUAAUAUAUGUACUUGAAAUGGGUCGUAUAGUAGAAAGUGGUACACAUACAGAACUAAUAGAAAAACAUGGAAUUUAUUAUAAAAUGUUAAAUGCUCAAAACAACGUACAAUAA